AUGCAUAGUGUAGUUAAAACAUGGGAAAACCGUGACGCUUUAAAUCAGGCUCAGGAGGAGGAGAAGGAUAAGAAUUUUGACGAUGAUGAUAAUGACAUUAUGAGUCAUCUGAACUAUAGAAAGCUAGAGGAGAUCAAGAAAGAUUUCAUGAAAAAUGAAGAUUAAGGACUCUCAAUUGAGCAAUUUAUUAAGGUUAUGCUGCAUCACCUUCCCGAAACAAAAGACAAAGCUGGUCUUUGCAAAAAUUUGAUAGAGCUUUUCAGGCAAAUUGAUGUUAAUAAUGACUAAACUUUGGAGUGGGAGGAAUUCACGAAUCAUAUUAUUGAACUAGGUAUGGUACGGAAGGAUAGGACUUUCAUAGAUGCAAUAAAGAGUUAUUAUGCAAGUGACAUCAAGGAUACAGAAAAGCAUGAUACUGAAGUAGAGCAUAUGUACUAUAUUGAGAAGUUAAGACACUUGCUUGUAAUGGAAAGAGAUAGUAAAAGAUUCAAAGUCUACAACGCAAGGACCGGUAAAUGGAUCUAAAAUGUUCCAGAAAAAAAUGCUGGUAGCGGAGGUGCAGUUAUUGCAGCAGACUAUAUUGAAAUGAACAACAUUAAAUUUGUCGCUACUACAUCAAACAAUAACUCAAUAAACUUCUGGGAUAGUAAUAACUAUAUUUUCAGAGAAAGAUUAAAUACAUCUGAAAUCUAAAUGACAAGUAAUUUUUUUACUAUUGUUAUAACUCUUUUAGUCAAGUGGUGCGGAGAACCCUUCAAUAGACUAUUUACAGGAGGUUGCGAUGCAGUCAUUCACGCUUAUGAUGUUCAAAAACUGAAAGAAAUAGGAGUAAAGGAUGGCUGGAAUCCAUUAAAAAAAGAUAAAAUAGGUCAUGAUGGCCCAAUUAUGGAUUUACUUCCUAUUCCAGGAUAGCAAAUUCUGGCUUCUGCUGGUCUUGAUGCCUAAAUUUGUCUUUGGUCUUUGAAAGAUUUAGAGCCAAAACACAGUUUAGUUGGUCAUUAGCUAGGUAUUUACUCAUUAGAUUGGUAUGAUGAGCAACAUCUAUUGCUUAGUGCAGGUUUGGAUCACGAUAUUUACAUAUGGAACCCUUACGUAAAGAAGAAGAUUUUCUUAUUGAAAGGUCAUAAUCAUUCACUAGUAGGAGUUAAAUGGCUUCCUAAAUCAAAUCAGAUUAUUUCUGCUGAUAUUUCAGGUAUGUUCAGAAUUUGGGAUAUCAGAACAUUCACAACAGUGUAAACAUUCAACUGUCCCUUAAAUGAGAUCAGUUGUUUCGCUGUCACAUGGCCCCCAAAAAGAAUUGUGGCAGGAGGAAGAAGAUUAGUCUUCUAUGACUAUGAUGAACCAACAGACCAUCAUUUGGCUGAUGAUUAGGCUUGCUUAUGUGUACUUUAUAAUCCUGUAUUUUAUACAUUCAUUACUGCCCAUCCCAAAUGCAUCAAAGUAUGGGAUGCAACUAAUGGAGAAUUGCAAAGUGUUUUUAGAGAUUUAACUACAAAAGAAAUCACUUGCAUUGCUUUAGAUGAAAGAAAAAGAAAGCUUUUUGUCGGAGAUUAGAAAGGUAGACUUUUUUCUAUAAACAUCAAGAAUGGAGCUAAAAUGAAGAAGUUUAAGAAAUCAAAGAAAAAUAAAAAAGAUAAAGAUGAUAUAAGUUGUCUCUACUAUUGGGGUGAUAAGAGAAAUAUUUUGAUAUCAGCUUCAUGGGAUGGAAAAGUGAGACUUUACGAUGACAGUACUAGUGAGUAAGAAGGCACAAAGAGAUACACAAUGAAGAAACAUAAAGAUAGUGUGAACUUCAUCGAUUUCAAGCCUUCUCAUUAAUUAUGUGCCUCAUGUUCUGAUGAUGGAACUGUAGUUAUCUACAACUAUGGCUCCUAUAGAUAAGAGGGCAUAUUAAAGAGUCCGAUCGACCCGAAUGAUCCAACAGCUCACCUAGCUGAAGUUAAAGUGUGCAAGUUCCUCAUACCUCAUGACUGCUUAGUCUCAGCAGAUUUAGAUGGCUUCUUGCAUUUCUGGGCAGUUACACCUAAUCCUCGUAAAAACGACCAUCUCUGUAGAGUUAAGGAUGACAAUACUUCUUAAGUUGGCACUCUUGUAAACUACCCUAUCAGAGCAAUGGAUUUUAGUCCUAAAGAUAAUAUUCUUUUUACAGGAGAUGAGAUGGGAUACAUGCAGAAAUGGGAUUUAAAUCAACUUCUAAGAAAACUUGAUGAAGUCUAGAAAAGAGAAUAAAAGGCCGCUUCUUUUAAGGGAGAUGGUUCAGAUGAACCAAUAUCAUAAAUUUAAUAAACUAAGAAGACUUUUUCAGAUAUUGGCUCUACUUUCGUGACUGGUGUAGAUGCAGGUGGCACAGGAUCAUUGAAAGGAAAGAUAGAAUUUAAUGACUUAGAUGUGAAAAUGCUUAACAGAUGGAGUGCUCAUACAGACUGCAUUAAUUGGAUCAGUUAUGUUCAUGAACUUGACUGUAUCGCGUCCUGCUCCUUUGAUUGCAAUGUAUAUAUUUGGAACACAGACUGCCAAAAGAUUGGUUCACUAGUCCUUGGCAGUGAAAAGCUAUGGAGAAUUAAUAUUGAUAAGAGAGUUCGUAAUGAUGAAGAGAGAAGAGAAGCAGAAGAUAUGCUUGGUACAGUAGCAGAUAUUGACUAUGAAAGAAUGUUCAUGAAAUAAAAGAAAGAUGGUGGUAAGGAAAGACCUUUGAUGCAAGCAUUAAAGUCUGAACACUAGGUUGAAAUCAUGGCUGAGGAGAAGAAGUUCGAGAAUCUAACUGAGGAGGAACAAAAUAAAUUGAUCCUUGGUACAAGCGUAUUCUUCCUGAUUCAAGUACAAUCUUAUCAGGUAUAUUUAACUCAUUUAGACAAUAUAGUACCAAAGGACCAACAACAUUAAUAAAGUGUUCUUGAUUAAAGCAUGGGUAUAAAUAAGCCUGGAGAGUGCCUGAUUUUUUGCUAUGGCCUCUUAUCAAGUUAUUUACAUCUUUAAAGGAUACCUCCUUAAAUUACCAAAGCAGGAAGAUAGAUAACUUAGAUAGCAAUUGGAGAAGCGCAUUGUAUCAUGCUUUUGGCUGAUGGGUAGCUGCUUGGUGUAGGAUCGAAUGAAUUCGGAUAAUUAGGUUUUUCAAUGAGUUAAGCAGAGGAUGAUUAUUCCAUUUUUGUUGAGCAACUGAGAUUAUUGAAUAUUAAAGGUUUGAAUUUAACUGGCAAGAAGAACAAUGAUGUAUUUGAAUCGCAAUAAUUAAACUAAAUAUAGUAUGUCGAGUAAAUAGUAGCUGGAAAAAAUCAUAAUGUUUUGCUCGUCAGAUAAGCUAAAUCUCAAGAAAGAAAAAUUUUAGCAUUUGGAUUAGAAAACGGAAUUGGAAUCGAUGGCGUUACUACAACAAAUAUUCCAGUUGAAAUUGUUAUCCCUAAAAUGAUGAAGAACUAUGAGGAUCUGCAGUUCAUUUAUUCGAGAUAUAAUUCGAAUAUAGCUGUUGCCUUAGGGAAAAGGCAUGGCUUAGUUUUAACAGAAGAAUUAGGAUUAUAUGGCUGGGGAGAUGGAACCUAUGGUGAAUUAGGAGCGUUAGAGGAUUUGCCAGUGGAAUUUCCCAUUCAAUUGCCAUUUUUCGAAAGGAUGGCUAUUAGUAGAAUUUCUUGUGGCGCAAGACAUUCAUUAGCUCUAGAUUCUUAAGGAAAUAUAUAUGCAAUGGGAGAUAAUAGUGAAGAUUAAUGUGCAAUUUCAGGCAGAAGAGCUAACGCUCCAGAGAAAAUCCUAAAAGAUUUUAAAGUAAGGGAAAUAUAUUCAGGUGAAUCGCACAAUGUAGCUAUGUCAGAUGAUCGAGUAAUGUUUAACUGGGGAGGAUGCGUAAUCAACAGUAGUUGGGUCAAUUAAAAUUCAAAUGAGUCGAAGUUAAAGUUAAUGGAGGAUUUAUAAAGAAGGAAUAUAUCGUUGGUUGAUUUAUCUUACUCCAAUACAAUUAUUAUAUCUGCUUAAUAAUGA